CUUAGUCGUUUGCCGUUUGUCAACCGUUUGCCAGCGUUUGCCGUGAGCGCUAGUUUCUUGCAAGAAAUAUAUACAUAAAUAUAUAUAUACAUAUAUAUAUAUACAUAUAUAAAGUAGAAGCAGCGAUAAUAACUGAAUCUGAAGCGCAAAAUCUGUGUAUAAAGUCGUCUGUGAGCGUCGCCCAGUAAACCGAAAUAGUCUAACAAAUAUUUAGUGUUCAGCUAAAAAGUGUUUCAAGCAUAAUUCAACAAAAAUGCAGUACAUCUAUGUGAUUAGUGCGCUCAUUUUGGCCAUCGCCGUGCAGCAAGGAUAUGCCAUCAAGUGCUUCGUGUGCAACAGCCACAAAGACGCCAACUGUGCGCUGGACAUACCGCCGGACAACCUGCUGAAGGACUGCGAUGAGCAGUACUCGUCCCGCGGCAAGGGGAUUCCCACGUACUGCCGCAAGAUUACGCAGAUCAUCGAGUUCUCGGUGAACAGCCUGCCCCCGGAUAGCCGUGUGAUUAGGACCUGUGCCUAUCAGAACCAGACCUCCACCAACUACUGCUAUCAGCGUGCCGGAUUCGGUGGUCGGCAGGUGGUCUGCUCCUGCGAUACGGAUAACUGCAACGGUGCCGGAGCGAUGGGCGCAUCGGCGGUGGGCGUGGCGGCCAUGGUGGGACUCCUGCUGAGCGCCCGUCAGUAUCUGCAGCGUUAAGGACGAAAUCGAGGGACUGCCUCAGUUGUUUUUGUUUGUUUUAUCGAUGCAUCCACCCAGUUUCAGUUUUUCUUUCGUAUUGCUGCUGACUCUUUGACUUCUGUGACACUUUCACCGCUUACUCCUUCCCCCGCCCCGCAAGCCACCACAUCAUUAACAAGGUCCACUCGCAGAGCUGCUCCAGAGUCAGCUCUGAUUUUGUAACAUUUUUUGAAUGGAGAACCGUAAAAGCUUUAUACAAAGUAUUAAAUAAUAACAUAAUUCCCUAACUAGAAGUGUAUAUAAAAACCAAAGAGAGCAUUGUAACAAUUGGCCAAUAUAAUCGUUCAAAUCGUUUUACAUUAACAGGAAUUUUUGCAAGUAACGUAUUAAACGAAAUCAAGGAAAAAUAACGAAUAAAUAAAUAAAACUAAAACCUACCGCAGUUGAAAGUAUUAAACCAAAAAUCGAAAAUAACGAAUAAGUCAAAGAUGGCCACAAAGCUAACGAUGUUAAAAAUUAAGGCUACCAAACAUACAAGUAGUACAUAAUAAAUGUUAACACUCUUCGCCUAA